AUGGACAACACGCUCACCACCAAACCUUCACCUUCACCUUCACCUUCACUUCCACCCCAGAUUUCGACCUCGACCUUGACCACUACCACAUCAUAUCCUCCUUCUCCUCCUCAUCAUCACCAUCGUUCUCCGCCCUUCUAUACACUAGAUACCCGGGAGACCCGUCAUGAUCUUGAUGCUCGUACAACAACCGAUUUCCCACCGCGUCCUCCCUACCCCCAUUUCUAUCCGGCCCGCAUUGCAGAUGCCAACAAUGACUUGACAUUAUUUCGGCCUCCGUUGCGCAAGAAACCCAAAUUGUCCUCCAAUGCCCCAGAUUCCAAUUCAUCCGUCGUGCUACAGCCGUCCCCUGGAAUGCGCAAGCUAGUAGGAAUCUCAAAGACCUUGAGCGUUCCCUCAUUCAACAUCUCCCUCGACCACGACCCGAACGACAAUCGCCCCUCCUCGUCCUCCGGGAUCAGCCAGCCGUCAACUCCCCUGCAUCGAACAAACUCUAAUACGCUUCAGCGAUCUCCUUCACAGAAAAGACCUCCUGCUUCACACAGCAGCUACGGCGUCGAGACAGUCUGUGGCCCACCUCCGUCAUACAGCACUCAGCGAACGCUAUCCCAGGACCGCAUCCGGCUGGAUCGAAAUCCAUCCACGAGAUCUACCACCGAGACAACGCGUGAUUCCUCCCCUUCAAAGGCCAAUGAACUCAUCUCUGCUGCCGAGCCUGCUCCAGCGCGAUUGUCGCCCGUGAAACCAGACCAGACCCCCUCGACCACUGACUCCUCCACGGACGAGGCUACAACGCUGGAAGUAUCUAGCCCGGAAACCGCAGACACACAGAGUGUGCUUACCCCUAACUCGACCAUGAGUAAAGAACAAGCCGCGGGCGUGCUUCAGACUGAUCCACAGGAGAAGGAGAACUCGGACCCCCAGUUACUGAGACCAGUACCUUCGGAGGACGAUAGCAAGGGUUCGAGCAGCGAUGAAAAAAAGAGCGAGGACUUGUUUUUGAAUAUUGCACGGACCGACGCGUCGCGUGGGAGCCAGGUCCAACCCAAACUUGACAAGAGACGAUCCAGAGUUUCACUGCCUUUCUUUUCGAGUACACGGCCUUCGACCGGGUACAAAUCUUCUCCCAUACAGGAGCGAUUCGACACUUCGAGUGUUGCAGGUCGAUCAGAGGCACUGAAUUACUACAGCAAACGAGCUUCUCUGGGGCAACAUGUGCCGGGCGCGCUCACACGGUCGUAUACUCAAGAAGCCUCCAUCCGAGAUGGGGCGCUCGAGACUCAGAGUACACAUCCAACGGAUUUACCUCGACGAGCCACACCAAGACGAUAUUCCACGACAAAUUCAAACACCAACACCAAUACCAACACAGAACCAGUGCGUGCGUAUUCCCGUCCAAGUACGGCCCGAAACAGCCGCUUGGUUUCGGAUUCUGCAUUUCUUGAUCGCCCCCGCGUACCCGACCACAAUGCCACCGAGUCCACCAUCUCCACAACCGCUCCCUCGACAGUUUGGGAUGAGUUGGAUGACUUGAAAUCGAGAAUCAGGAAACUCGAGCUUACUGGGAAGCUCCCGCCGUCUUCGGCUGCCGCAAUGACUACGUCAGAGAGACCAAAGACAGCCACUACUGCUGCGACCACCAUGUCGUCCUCGCCAAAGCACAAACCAACUGUGGCGCCGUUGCAGUCUGCGAUCGAAGGCAUUCCGUCUAACAUCCACCCGAAUCUCCACGAGGCCCUUGGUAAUGCCAAAGCUGUCCUCAAUAAUGAUGUUUAUCAAAAGCUACAAGCAACGGCUCAGGACGCCUUGCAAUUGUCCAUGAUGAUGAAUCCAGAGGGGCAUAGCGGCGCUGCCAGCACUAUUGGGAUCUCCUCGGUUUCGGAACGUCAGAUUCGUCGACGGACGGAAAGCAUGUGUCGAAGCUUGACCGAAUUGGCCAUUGCAAUUCUAGCAGAGCAAAAACAACCUCCACAGCCUGUGACCAGACCGGGUAGUCGUGAUGCGUUCCAGUCGACGUCUGCGGGCCUGCGGAGCCGCAGAUACAGCAACGAGCCCAAUGAUCGACCUCCGGUCACCUCUCGUGUCCAGUCGCGCCUAGAAAGUCGACGAACCAGCGCACCACUCGGCGCCACGUUGAAUGCACAGCCAACCUCGCCCGAGAACACUUAUCAAACACCACCUACAGCCUUGCCUCAAAUAUCUAGCUCCUCAUCGACGCGACUUGGACGGACAUCUACUACCUUAGUACGUAGUAGGCGAACUCCCGGGUACAAUAUGGAUGGUACCACGGACGACGAGGAAAGUAGCCCUUCAAUCCGUCCAGUGAGCCGGGCUAUGACGGAAGUGAGCACCUACCGCCAGGCAGCGAGAGAUCGAGCGGCAUAUUCGAGAGAAUAUACAGCCCAACACCCCAUGCCUCAACACCCUGUCCCUGCAGCGCUUGAAACAACCACAGUGACCAGAAGUCCACUUCCUGCUCAUAUCAGCACUCAUCUAGUCCCGAGGCGCAAGUAUGCUUCCCCGUCGUCAAACGUGAGCAACGUGGGUACUCAAGAUCAAACCCCUGUGACACCCAAAGAACCAUGGGGUCGAAUCACGAUCGUCCCAGCUGUUGCAUCGAGCCCGAUAGAGGCCACACCAGAGAGUCAGGUUUCUAUUCGGCCUUCCGGGACACGAAGAAGUCUCGGCUUCACGAGUAGGAUCAGCAGUGUCAGUAGUCGACUUCGAGCGGCCAAAGCAGAGCGGAAUGCAACGACGAGAGAAGCGACAGAGGCACGAGGAAUGAAAGAUAUUGCACCAUUGAGGCAAGAAUUGGAUAAUACCAUGCCGUUGGAAAGACAGGGCUCUGGACAGAGUGUUGAAUCUUGA